AUCAGCUACUGAAGCAAGAACUUUCCGAGCGAGCGGCGAGGAGCAGAAACUGACCGACAGGGAUUUACCGUGCCUGGACUGAGCAGCAGUGGAUCUCCGAUUUACCGCCACUGUGGUUUUAACAGAAAUCUGGUUAAGUGAAGUCUUUGUUGGCAGACCUGCUUUAUUUCCAGAUACACGGACACAAAGAAACUUUAAAGCGAGAGCAUCAUGACUCAGUUCAACAAGGGACCAGCCUACGGAUUAUCAGCUGAAGUUAAGAGCAAGAUUGCACAGAAAUAUGAUCUUCAAAAGGAGGAGGAGCUUCGUUUCUGGAUUGAGGAGGUGACGGGCAUGCCCAUUGGAGACAACUUUCAGAAGGGCCUGAAGGAUGGUGUCAUUUUGUGCGAGUUAAUAAACAAGCUACAGCCAGACUCCAUAAAGAAAAUCAACCACUCACAAUUGAACUGGCAUAAGCUGGAGAACCUUGGGAAUUUCAUCAAAGCCAUUUUGAACUAUGGCUUGAAGCCCAAUGACAUCUUUGAAGCCAAUGACCUCUUUGAAAAUGGGAACAUGACUCAAGUCCAGACCACACUCCUCGCCUUAGCCAGCAUGGCAAAAACCAAAGGCAUGGACAUGAAGGUUGACAUUGGAGUGAAAUACGCAGAUAAGCAAGAAAGGCACUUUGAUGAGGAGAAGAUGAAAGCUGGUCAGUGCGUUAUUGGACUGCAGAUGGGAACUAACAAAUGCGCGAGCCAGGCUGGCAUGACUGCUUAUGGCACACGGAGACAUCUUUAUGACCCAAAGACACAAGCAGACAAGCCUUAUGACCAGACCACUAUUAGCCUACAGAUGGGCACUAACAAAGGAGCCAGCCAGGCUGGCAUGUCCGCCCCAGGCACCAGGAGAGACAUUUUUGACCAGAAGGUUGCAGGGCAGCCAGUGGACAACUCCACCAUCUCCCUGCAAAUGGGCACCAACAAAGUAGCCUCUCAGAAGGGCAUGAGCGUGUACGGGCUGGGCAGGCAGAUCUACGACCCCAAGUACUGUGUCAACCCCACAGAUCCCAUCAUCCAUGCAAAUGGAAGCCAGGGCACUGGCACGAACGGCUCUGAGAUCAGCGACAGUGACUAUCAGGCAGAGUACCAGGAAGAGGAGUACCAGGGUAGCUAUCAUGAUGAAUACAGCAGCCACUACAAUGACCAGGGCAUCGACUACUAGGGAGAGCUGCACUGUUAGUCGAAGCAGUAUUAAUGCAGUAUAUAUUAACAGAGCAAGUCUUUUGCUAUCCUCGCUAGUCUUCCUUUUGUAUUGAGGGAUGAGAGAAAAAGUGUUAUCCUUACGCUUAUCCCCGCCAAACCCUUCUCGGUUCCUUCCCUGUUUUUGAGAGGCAGAGUUUUAAAUCAGUCAUAGUUAACUAGCAAUGGCAAGAUAUCUAAAAUCUGCUGUCUUAAGAUUCAGAACAUUCAUUUGAAACUCUGUUUAUAUGGUUUUUUAUGAAGUAUGGAGAACUGUGAAGAAAAGAUUUCCCAUUUUUACUAUGCAGUGUUUGACCAGUACAACUCUAUCUUUUUAAUACCCCGUGAGGCAGAUAUUUCUUAACGGAUUGAUUUUUGUGCAUCUCAGAGUGAAUCAGUCUUACCAGAUUUAAGGUUCACCAGCCAAACUGAGCUCUACUCCAGCCUAAAAGGGCUGAGGAUGAUAUUAAAGGUGUGUUAGAGUAAAAAUGGGCAGAAAAUGGACCGAAAGCCUUUUCAAGUCAUUCCAUUUGCCUUUCUGUAUCACUGGAAGCUUGUACUUUUUUCCUAGUUUUGAAACGGCAAGGCUUUGGUGCUUUUUAAAGAGUUACUUCAUUAGACUGGAUGACCAAAAAGCCCUUUUAGUUUCCUGCUUUUAUCAAAUAAUUUUAUUUGUGCCAUAAUCUCUGAAAUGUUCUUAUAAAUUCCUCUCCCACUGUAUUUAUUGCCAUUUUUUCAUAUAAACUGUUCCUCUGUUGUAUGGUUCUUUUUAUGAAUAAAUUGUAUGUUACAAAUAAAGCAUUUAAUGACUUGGUUCUCCAAGCAUUUCUA